ACCCUUCAGGCCUCCUCCAUCAUCCUUGCCUCCUUUGUUCCCUUUCUGUCCUUCCAAAGCAGUUUUGCAGUCUUCCUCCGAGAUCCCUCUCUGCAAAGCUUAGUUUGGCAUUGUGUGAAAAGGGUAUAAAGCUGUGUACAAAUCAGUGAACAAAACAUGAGGUGGCUCGGCCUCCCGAUUCACGUAUUCUGUUAUGUUAUCUCCUUGAACUUAUUCUGCAGGGUGAUUUUGUAAAAGAAAACUCAUUUAUUCCGCGUAAACUAUUCUAAACCAAUACUCUCUCAUCACUAUAACUGUCUGAUCAUCCAUGGAUCCCCAUCACCUAUACUUCUCUGCUUGUUAUAUCUACAUGAUUAGCUAAAACCUGAAAUUGUAGCCUUUGGGUUUUCCACUUCUUGUUUGAGUUUUUGCUGCCCACCCGUUUCAUAAAAAAAAUUGAUCUUUUGUCGUCUUCUUUGACCACCCCUUCUAUUGGAGUUAUUACUGCCCACCCAUUUCAUAAAGACUUGAUCUUUUGGUUUCUUUUUUGACCACCCAUUUUAUUGGAGUUUUUACUGCCCACACUUUGCAUAAAGAAUUGAUCUUUAGGUGUCUUGUUUGAUCACCCCUUCUAUUUGAGCUUCAAACAGGCAUCACGGUUUGGUUCUUCUUAAGCUGAUUUGAAAAGAUUGUAAGAAGUUAUGGCGUGCCAAGCGGCAAGUCAGACAAAUUUUCGGGCCUUAAAACACGAGAGUGGGAUUCCUGGACGAGCAACCAUUGUAGUUAGAGUCAUAGCAUGCUUCCAACCUUUGCAGAAUUGCCAGGCCGAGUACUUCCGCCAGUUGCUUAAACCCGUCACGUAGAUUAUCUCUGUGCUUCCAUUGUUGUGCUAACUUUGAAAGUUUUAUUAUUAUUUUUCUUUAUUUUAUCUCUUGUUGAAAUUUGCAUCGGUACCCGGACCACAAGCAUCAAUCUUUGCACGGUUUUAAACUUGACUGAAUGGUUACGGGCAGUGUACCGCAGCCACCUUACUCGCAGCUUCCUGCAUGGAAUCCAAACCAUGUAUCUGCCCUCUUACAGCUUGGGCAGCCGGUUAAUCUGCCCUUUUUCGCAGAUCCUUUUCCAUUCACCCCUGUUUCUCAAGGGGUUUCGACUCUGCUCCAUGGCUCUUCUCGUGAUCAAGAAGCAACUCGGCAAUAUCAAAGAGAAGAAGCUCAAUAUCCCAUUGCAGGGAGAAAAAGACAUGUUACGGCACUUGAUGGCUCUUCUCAGAAAAAAAUUCUGAUAUUCGACCAGUCUGGGGAUCAAACUAGGCUGUUCUUCGGUCCUUCGUUCUGUCAGAAGGACCAGAAAACAUUCCAUGAUUACAAUAAGAACAACAAUCAUCUGAAACACAUUGUUGAAGAACAGCAGAAUAUGAAUGUGACCUCUCAAAGUAGCUGUAAAGAAAGCGAAGAUUCCGAAGAUAUUGAUGCCUUACUAUACUCAGACAGCGAUGACGAAGAAGACGAUGAUGUCACUAGCACGGGUCACUCCCCAUGCAUAGAUGAUCAUCAUCACAAGCAAUACACAGAAAUCACAGAUGAAGGUGUUGCCAGCUCCGAUGAUAUCCGUUCCUCAAAAAGGCAAAGACUGCAUGAUGAUGAUGACGAGAACUCAUUUACUGACGCUGUAAAAUUGACAAAACUGCCUUUAACCCGCGGUAAAAAACACGACGAAGAGGGGUUGGGUUGCUCUAAUCGCACCCCAGAUGACAAAAACAACCCGGUAAAGUCCCGCAAAACUGCAGGGUCCGGGGAGGGGGACUGUACCCUAUGUAGAUGUAGAGAGGCUGUUUCCAAGAGACCUUCAGCUGAGGGCAACAACCCAGAUGAAAGCCAUGAAAAUGGUGAGGAUAAAAAGGUCAAAAUCCAGAAAACUCUGAGGAUCUUGAGGGGUUUGAUUGCGGGUGUGAACAGUGAUGACCCUUUGGUGGUCAUAGAUGAGGCAAUUAGUUACCUCAAGCUUUUGAGGAUGAAAGUGAAAAGAAGACAUGGGGGGGAAAGUUCAAACCUUUGACUUGUUGACCAAAGGGAGAUGAUUAAAGGCGUGUUUGGUGGCAUGUUUAACGGUGGUGGGUGAUUGAGUGCAUGCGUGUAUGGGGGGGGUCCCACAGCUCCUCCAUUUGUAGAUGAAAAAGGAAAGCCAUUAAUCUAAUCUUGUCUUCAAGUCUGUUUUUUUUUUUGAUAAAUAAAUGUAUUGUUUAAAGUUUGGCGUGCGGUGUUUUUUUAGGAUAGUUGAUCUGUUAUGGGACCCACUUUGUGUUGGGU